AUGGUUAUUUCUUUUAUGCAACUUAGCAUCCUGUUUUCCCAUUUCUUGCCCUUCUUGUUGAUCAGUGGAAACACCCUUUUUUUGGCUGGGAAGAUAUCAUUGGAUCAAGAUCCCAUCGCCAAUUCUUCAAAUAGGAUUGAUAGAAUUAGUGCCCUUCUCCUUUGCCAAAUUUUGUCAUUUCUCCCCAUGAAAGAAGCCGCAGCCACCUCAAUUUUAUCUCCUGGAUGGCGAUACCUUCUCACUUCUAUUCCAGUUAUUAAUCUCGUAUUUAAUGACACUUCAGACGAAUUAGAUCCUAUUCAACGUGAAAAUUCUCAUCUGAAGUUCUCUAGAUAUAUUGAUUUUUGUAUUAACUUGAUACGGCAACGUAACACAGCUCCCAUAAGAAAAUUUGGGCUCACAAUCUUCCCACCGUGGCUAUGUGAACGGUUUCAGUUGCAAAUGGACUCCUUGAUAUCUGCUUUACCGUUGUGCAAUGUUCAAGAACUUGAGAUUUUUCUGUUUGAAAAUGAUGCUGAGCGAUCAAAUCUAUUGGGAAUAUUUACAUGCAAAACACUAGUUGUUCUGAAAAUGGAUAGACAAGUUGAUUUGGAUAUACCCAAUUCGGUUGCUUUACCAGAUUUGAAGGUGCUGCGCCUGGAAUGUUUGUCAAUGGUAGGCAAAGAUUCUCUUGAUAUGCUUAUUCGAGGUUGCCCUUUGCUAGAAGAGCUAUAUUUAGAUAUUGUGGAAUCUCCGACCUAUUUGAGUCAUGAGUUAGCUGUCUUGGAAAUAUUUAGAUACAAAACACUAGUUUCUUUGAGACUGGGCUGGCAAAUUAGUCUGUUUGCUUAG